GCAACAGGAAGCCCCAUCUAACAUGUCUUUUAGUUCUAUGUCCUUUGUUCCAGGAGAAAGUAAGAGGACCUAUCAGAGGAGGAAGCACAUCAUCAGAAGGAAGAGCCUGGCGGAGAUCACGGCGGAAGAAUAUCAGUCCGAGGAAAGGGAAUCAACCACUCCGAGGGCGUCGGCGGCAAGCCUCAAGCCGCCUCAACAAGAAUGAGAUUCAUUAGCUGGAAUUGUAGGGGGUUCGGCCAACCCCUUACAAGGAGCUACUGCUGCAUGCUCUGUCGACAAUUUGGCCCCUCGAUCCUUUUACUUAUGGAGACGAGGAAGGAGGAUGCGUUCAUGGAAAGAAGAAGAAGAAUGAUGAAGUUCGAUCAUGCAGAGUAUGUCGGUCCAGAGAGGGAAGGUAGUGGCCUUGCCCUAUGGUGGAAAGAUGACGUUAAUGUGUGUGUGUUAGAGUCAUGUAAGUCCUUCGUGGACACCAGGAUUAGCAAGGAAGGGAUUAGUUUCUUUUGUACUUUUGUUCACGCUCCUACCACAUCGGUAGAGAGACGACAGUUGUGGGAUCGACUUACUGCACUCAGGGCGAUCCAGGGUGAGAGGUGGCUUGUGGUUGGAGACCUCAAUGUUGCUAUCUCCGCUUUUGAAAAACAAGGAAGAUGCCCUUUAAGGAAUGAGAAUGUUGUACCUUUCAAGUACUUCAUGGCCAGAAAUGCUCUGGUUGAUCUUGGGUUCUCAGGUCAAGUGUUCACUUGGAGCAAUAAGCAACAGGGAACCGAGCUGAUCAGAGAAAGACUCGAUCGGGCUAUCUGCUCGACGACCUGGAGAACAACCUUUGAAUCAGCUACGGUGUAUCAUGAGGACUUUGUCGAGUCAGAUCACUGCCCAAUCAGGGUUGACUUGAACCCUAUUGGUCAAUCUCACUGCAUCCCCUUUAGAUUCGGCAAGAGGUGGAGGGAGAGUGAAGAAUGCUGUCGUAUUAUUUUGGAUAGAUGGCAGAGAGGGGGGAAUAUUAACAACAAGCUGUUCGAUUGCCAGAAGGAACUCCAGAUUUGGGCCAGAACAGAUAGAAGAAGGAAACUACAAAGAGAAAGGGACAUUAGAGUUAGACUCCAAUCCUUACAAGGGGCAAGUGACUCCCCGGACAAAGUGUUGGAGGAGAGGAACCUCCUGCGAGAACUGGAAUCCAUCUGGACCUCAGAAGACUGUUUUUGGGCACAAAGAUCCAGAAUUUCCUGGCUUCAGGAAGGGGACCAGAACUCAGGUUUCUUUCAUGCCAGCACCAUUAAAAGGAAAAACAGGAAUGGCAUCACCAAGCUGAUAGGCGCGGAUGGAAUCUGGAUUGAUAAUGCCCAGGAUUUGAAGAUUCAUGCCUCUGACUAUUACCAAAACCUCUUCACAUCCAAAGACAGUCACUUUGAUCCGAGAAUUUUGGAGGGCUUUCCCAGGUUGGUGACAGAGGAAUACAAUACUGGCCUGUGUGCACCAGUUGACAAGACAGAAAUUCGCAGACAGUCUUCCAACUGGGAGCAAACAAGGCUCCAGGACCAGAUGGCUUCCCAGGACUUUUCUUCAGGAAGUACUGGAAUACAAUUGAGGAUUCCUUCUGCAAUGAGAUCACCAGUUUUUUUUUCUCAUGGGUCAAAUGCCCGAGAAUUGGAAUGAUACUUUCAUCACCAUCAUCCCCAAAGUGGAAGCACCCGAACAAAUCAGCCAAUUCAGA